UUAAUCUGGCAAUACUUUUGCUGUCAAUUUAACAAAUAAAUAUAUAUGUACAUAUAAAAAACUAAAAAGUUCGUGGUUUAUUAUGAAAUUUUUAUAAUUCCUCGGUUAAUAAGUGAAUAAUAAUUAUGCUCCAGUCCGUCAGAUCUGCUGUCCAAUCAGCAUCACAACUACUAUACCAGGGUAGGUAUCCAAUUUCUAAGAUGUAUUAUCGUCUGGUAUCAAAUAUUCCCAAACAACCGUCUAAUGAGAUUUCAAACGAACCAAUAAAGUUUUUUGGAAGCAAAGCUGCAACCUGGCGUGCACGUGAUACGAGAAGUGGCGGUUCUGAGGACACCUUAUGGUUUCAACCUUAUGUCAUUUCUGGAAGUUUGGCUGUAUUUUUACUAUAUUUCUGCGUACUUCGGGAAGAAAAUGAUAUAGACAAACGACUAGAAGGUAAUCUGUUUGAUCAAGUUGCGGGUCUGGAAGAAGUACAACUUACCGUAAAUUACAAAUAUAACAGAGAGAAUGGUUUGGACACUUCAGAAAUUGAAAAACGAUUACUAGAACUAGGAGUCGACAUUAAGCUUUUAGAUAUACGCUAAGAAUGAUUGAUACUAAUUGAAUACGAUGAUAGUAGCGUACAGUAACUAAAACUAAAUGAUGUAAGUUUUCAAAGUGCCUCAUGGUAUUUUAUUUUUAUUUGAAAAUAAAACAAUUAUGUUAAAAAUGCCAAA